GCAACCAUGCGCAACCGAGCUCCUGAGAUUGUAAUUUGCCUGGUGGUGCUGUUGUCAGUGGCUAUCAUCUAUGCCAUCACCCAACUGCUCCACUGGCUCGUCGGAGACGAUGAGCCAGUACCUGAAAGCUUCAAAGCCAGUUGGCUCUUCUCCCUGUCACUCAACAUUCUUGGUUAUGCCACCAUCCUGCUACCUGGUGUCAUCAUUUACAAAUAUGUCAAAGCCAGUAAAUACUUGGAUCGAGCAGUUCCAGGAUGUUUCCCGAUUGUGGUGAGGUCAUGUUUCGCUGGGACUGACAAAGACGUACUGCUGGGCACUGAUGUCCCUUCCACUCCCUCCUCUAGUGCCGUCCGAACUCUCAAGCAAGAUGCGUUAUUACUUAUAAUUUGCUUUGUCGGUCUUCAAGGUUCUAUUUAACUUGG